AUGCCACGGAGAAGAAAAACUGGUGGAAGUCCUUCUCAGAAGAAUGGCAAUUCUGACAGAAUUGCUGUUGCUGUGUCCCAAGGGGUCCCAAGCCACUUAGUGUCACAAGCAGUGCAUUAUGUCAAUAAAGAAGAGCUCUUCAACAGCCUGUCAGAGAUGUUUUCUGACCUAGAUCCUAGUGUGGUUUAUAUGGUCCUGUCUGAAUGUGAUUUCAAAGUAGAAAACGCUAUGGAUCAUCUGCUAGAGCUGUCCACCCAUGCCAAAGGGGAAGCAUCUUCAAAAACCUUGGGUUUUGAUUCAGCAUCAUCAUCAUUAGCUCUUGUUAAUCAGCAAAGAUCUGUUGCAAGUGAAAGAAUGUGGGAAAGUACUGCAGAACAAAGUAAUUCUGAAAAAGCAAUAGGAAAGGUGCUAUCACCUGAUGUGCAGCUGACUGAAGAACUAGAUUCCUUAAUAGAAAAUGCCUUUCAGAGUUACAGCUUGAGUGAUGAAUUGCCUGAUUCUGCAAAUGGCCAAAUAGUCCAAAUGAACCCUGUGGAACAUGAUGGCUUUAUUGAAUUUCCUGAGUGGGAAGAAUCUGACUCAGGUUCCAAUGUCCUACUUUUUCCACAGCAAGGAGAGACAAAUAAUGAGGUUUUAGAAAACUUCUGUAGUUCUCAGCCCCCAGUGAGUCACCUGAGCAUCCAGGCAAGUUCACCAGCUGCAUCAGACAAUUUUGCACAGAUGCCAGAAGGUUCUGAUUUGUCGGAAAUGCAUGUUCAACAUGAUGUAUCUUCAGAAGUAUAUAAACAAUCAAAUGGAGAAAUACCAUGUGAAAAUUCUGAUCAGACACAGGAUACUGUUUUGGAUCAAAGAAGUGUGUGUGCUGCUUCUGAUGAGUCCUCCCAAAGACCUCUGGAACUUGGAGUAGCUGUCACUGGAAAUCCUAAUUCAAGGUGCCUGGAACAGCAUGAAGAGGUAGUGACUGCCUUUAACAGUCAUCAGAACACUUCUCUUCCAGAGGCAUGUCUCUCUCCUGAAACAUCCAGUUUCAAAACACAAAACCCUGCAGAUUUUCAGCAGACUCAGCAGGGUUAUAACUUAAAUCUUUCUACACCAUCAUGUCAGUCUCACAAACACUGGAAUGUCAUGGCUCCUGCGUUUUAUCCAUCCAGUGGAAAUCACAGCUUUGUAGUUCCUGUGGCUCCCAGUCCAGGGCAAUGGAGACCUGUUUCGGACUAUAGGACUCUGGAAAAAGGACUUUUUCUUUCCUCCCCAGUGGUUUCAAAUGCCUGGGAUGGCAACCCUUCUCUGAAGGUAUGGGGAAAUCAAGAUAGAAACUCAAAAUUGAACCUCUCGCAAGCACAGCAGCCACGUGUUUGUCACAUGAUGAGAAAAAAGAUGCACCUUAUAGGUCAAGUACUUGUUCUUCUCAGAGGUGUUCCAGGAUCAGGAAAAUCAUAUUUGGCAAGGAAUUUGCUGGAGGAUAACCCAGAUGGAGUCAUUCUUAGUACUGAUGAUUACUUUUAUAAACAUGGACAAUACCAUUAUGAUCCUAAUUGCUUAGGGGAAGCUCAUGACUGGAACAGGAAACGAGCCAAAGAAGCAUUUGAAAUGGGAAUCUCUCCUAUAAUAAUAGACAACACAAACAUACAAGCAUGGGAGAUGAAGCCUUACGUAACUUUGGCUCAGCAGUUCAAAUACAAAGUAAUGUUCCGAGAACCAGAUACUUGGUGGAAGUUUAAACCAAAAGAACUUGAAAGGCGAAACAUUCACGGUAUAUCUAAAGAAAAGAUCAAAAGAAUGUUGGAGCGAUACGAACGCUGCCUUACUGUUAGAUCCAUACUGAAUUCUUCAGUCCCAGACAAAUCAGAAGCAGCUGGUUGGAGUGAAAAUCCUCAUCAGGAGGAAAGCCACAGAAAGAGAGAGGCCCAUUCUGAUAUAAAGGAAGAAGAACCUUUUGCUUCUGAUGUGAAGCCUCUUGAAUCAGCUGAAGUUGAUAAAACUUCUGGUAUUUCUGUAACCUUAGAAAGUAGCUGUGAUCCUGAACAUUUUCACAAAGAGGAAAAAGAAAUGGAAAAUAACUCAGUGAAACACAAUUCUGAGGACAGUACUGUUCAAGAUGACUUGGAUGUUUAUUCAUCAGAUUGCAUUGAAAAAGAACUGCCCUUGGAAAAGAAAGAAGAAAAGGGAGAAAAAAUAGAGAAAAAUACUGAAUCUGAAAUGGAUGAGGUUGAUGUGAUCACAACUGAAGAGACUGUGAAGUUGCUUACAGAAGUAGUUGAGGAACACAGUGAUAACAACAUUCUCGAAGUUCAAACUGCAGUUGAACAAUCAGGCAAAACAUGUACAGAGCCAGAAUCAACACAAAGUGGUGUCACAGGGGAACCAAGCAGUUCAGCUAUUGACACAUCAGGAAAAACAGAACUGCUAAACUUUCUGGGUGACUGGCCUGUAGAACAAACAAUGGGACAGAGAGUCAAAAGAUCUAGAAGACUAGAAAAAUCUCCUCUGAACUGUGAUAAGGAAGGCAAAACUCCCAGUCAGCAGCAUCCUGAGAUAGAUAAAGAGCAAGUGGGCCUGCCUGAGACAGGUGCUGUUGAGAAGGGACAGGAGGAAGAAAAUCUGGUCUCUGUUAGUUCAGACAGAGUUGCACCAGAACUGCAAAUGAUGGGACAUUGGCCUGUAUCACCCUCAUUGGAACAGAGACAACAAAGGUCAAGGAGAAUGAGAAAGACAGAUUUAAAUCAGUCUGAUGAAGGUAGAAAUGCUGAAGGUGACACGAGUAUAAAUGCUCCUGAGACUGUAGAGGUGCUUUGUGAGACACCUGUGGACACUGAGGAGCAACCAGAUAUAAAGAGUUUGCCUAUGCACCAAGAUGAAAUAGUGAAUAGUGAAACUGUAAGUGAGGAAAAAAACCAGCAAAAUAAGAGAACAAGGAAACAUCACAAAUUAGCCCUCACUUUUACAAACAACAGUUUGCCCCAUCCCAAAGAAGAGGACCGUUUGUCUAACCUUAAGGCAGCAGAAGAGAAACAGGAAACUUGCUUAUCUAGACAAAAAAGCAGUUAUUCACAGACUGAAUCACAGGACUUUGCUCUCCUGUGGAGAUUAGAAAAGAAAAUGCUUUACCCUGAGACUACCAAAGUAUUGCAUGGCAGACUAGAUGGUUUCAAACCUAAAGAUAUAGAUAAUGCCUCAGAGUCUCAGGAAAAAAUACCCUAUCGAGUUACGUAUGAUAAAAGUACGUUUGUGGAAGAAAGUGAACUUAUCAAUAUUGAUGACUCUGAAAAGCUAGAUACUCUGUGUAAGCUCUUUGAGGCUGUUUCAUUUGAAGCUCUGAAGGAUCUGUAUGAAAGAUGUAACAAAGACAUAGACUGGGCUACAGGUUUGCUGUUAGACUCUGAUGAAAAGUUAUGCAGAGCUGUUGAUACUGAAUGCUUUCAGGUAAGAGGAGCUGAGCCAGUUGUCACAGACCUUGAUUUCAAGGCAAGUACAAACUAUGAUGAGAAUCUCAAAGAGUGCGAACAAAUGUCACAAAUAAUUGGGGCUGGUGAUACCUCUGAGGCUUCAGAAGACAAGAACUCAUCACUUAGUGUUGCAGAAAACAGGGCUACCAAGGCAACUGUGACAGGUGCUGAUGUGUCUGAUUUGUUCACUGCUGCCUCACUGAAUGAUUCAGUGGAACUGAAAAAUUGUGGGGACACAGCCCCUAGAACUGCCACAGGCAGCUCAGCAGCAGGUGUCAUUGAGCUGUCUGUUUCAGGAGAGCAGAAGGUGGAGUCUGAAAGUCCUGUUGAAGAAAUUACAGAUAAGGCAUCACUUUCACAACUUGAUGCAGGUUUGUGUACACCCAUGACUUUGCCUCACGGUCCUAGCACGAAUUCUACCAGUUUGAAAUGUGAAUUAAAUAAUGAAAGUGACAGUAACCCUUCAGAAAGCAAUGCAAGGAAUGCCAGUGCCACUGCUUCGUUACUGGAAAUGGAUCAUGCACAUCUGGUCGGUCCUAGGAGUGAUAAAGAACUGGAGAUGGAUAAAGAAGCCCAGGAGAGUUCCAGGGAGGUAUGUGGGAAAGAAGAAACUGAAGCUCCAAGCUGGACUGCAGCUAAAGCCAAGAGACAAAGCCCUGCAUCAAAUUCAGCCUUCAGUAUAGAUUGCCUAGAACUAACACUACCACCUGAACUGGCACUCCAGCUGAAAGAGAUAUUUGGGCCUGUUGGCAUUGAUGCAGGAUCGCUAACUGUUGAGGAUUGUGUGGUUCAUAUUGAUCUGAAUUUGGCAAAAGAGAUUCAUGAAAAAUGGAAAGAAUCUAUUCUGAAACGUCAGAGGAGAGAUGAAUCGUGGAGGUUGUCUGCAGAAGGUCCUACUGUGAUUCAGCAGAUAGAUACAGAUGACUCAGAAAUGCUGUUGUCUCAGAAUGCAGACAGUAACAUACAGAAGAAAAAAAUGAGCUGGGCUUCAGGCUCAUCUAAUGACAUACAGUCAAAAAACCCAGCAACAUCAGACAUUUUUCCUUUUAUGGAUCACUGGAAUGCUCAGAUUCAGAAAGUUUCUCUCAGGCAAAUAAUUUCCGAAGAAAUAGCUAUGCAGCAGAAACAGGAUCUGAAUCGUGUUCCUUCUAAGGCUAGAAAAGACUGUGCUGCUAAGCUAAAGGAGAAGCAACUUUUUGAGAUGUUUCCAACUAUUAAUCAGAAUUUCUUAAUGGAUGUCUUCAAGGACAACAACUACUCUUUAGAGCAAACUGAACAGUUUCUGAACUGUGUUCUGGAGGCAGAUCCCGUAAAAACAGUUGUAGCUCAAGAAAGUGUUCAGCAAAGCGAUGUUGUUUCUUCCUACAGUGCUGCAAAGAACCGGGAGAAGAAGGCAAAAAAAAAUAAGGAAGAGGAUGAUGCUUUGAGUGAAGUAUUUCAAGACUUUGAGUAUCCACAGUAUGAUGAUUUAAGAGCAGAAGCUUUUUGUCACCAGCAAAAGAAACAGGAAUGUUUGAAAAAGGCUGGGGAGGCCUAUCGCAUGGGUAUGAAGCCUGUGGCAGCAUUUUAUGCACAUCAGAGUCACCUUCAUGAGCAGAAGAUGAAAGAAGCCAACCAUGCUGCUGCUGUGCAAAUCUUUGAGAGAGUAAAUUCUUCCUUGCUGCCUAUGAACGUGUUGGAUCUGCAUGGUCUCCACGUGGAUGAGGCUGUGAAUCAGUUGUCCAGAGUGCUGCAGGAAAAAAGUGAAGAGUACCAGCAGAGUGGGGGCAAACCCUAUCUCAGUGUCAUCACGGGAAGAGGAAGCCAUAGCCAGGGAGGAGUUGCUCGAAUCAGACCAGCAGCUAUCAGAUACCUCACAAGCCACAACUUCAGGUUCACAGAAAUAAAACCAGGCUGUCUGAAAGUAAUGCUGAAUUGAGGCAUUGUGGAGAAGAGGACUAUGGAAACUGAGGUGUCAGAUUACAGCUGGAUUACAUAAAAAAGCCUCAUGUUUUGAACAACUGCACUGGUAUUUUGUAAUCUGUUUUAAAGGAUGAUAUUUUAUUAGAAGUGGUCUCAAUUUGCAGCAAGUGGUUUUAUCAGUAUGUUUCCAAGAAAAAUUUUGUGUGGAAUGGAUCCUUUUUUAAACCU